AUGGGCAGGCAAAGUACUGAUCCUAGCCCCACGGUCGCGAGCUCUUCCAUCGCCCUGCUACAGGAGAGGUUCAGAGAGUUGCAGAGAGCGAAACAGAGAAGAGAGGAAAGAGAACUCCGGAGACUGUCCCUCGAGCCGGACCUGGUAGCAGCUCCAGUCGCGGACCCGGAUCAUCCGGCCAUGUUCUGUCUCCAACCCAGCGUGAGCUCGAGUUCUUCCCCUCAGGAAUAUUGCUCUCUCUCGCUCGGCCUCACCACUCACCCCAACGGCGACAAAGCCGGCUCAGGAGCCGUGAAGACGGAUCCUAGGAUGAGCUUGUGGCCCGGCAACAAUAGCCUGGCAAUUUCAGGAACAUCGAAAGGUUUUGAGAGCCCCGAUGUGGAUACCUCCCUCCAUCUGUAG